AUGGUGCUGCUGCUGGUCAUCCUCAUCCCGGUGCUGGUGAGCUCGGCCGGCACGUCGGCGCACUACGAGAUGCUGGGCACCUGCCGCAUGGUCUGCGACCCCUAUGGGGGCACGAAGGCGCCCAGCACUGCCGCCACGCCCGACCGCGGCCUCAUGCAGUCCCUGCCCACCUUCAUCCAGGGCCCCAAAGGCGAGGCCGGCAGGCCGGGGAAGGCGGGCCCGCGUGGGCCCCCCGGCGAGCCUGGGCCGCCGGGUCCCGUGGGCCCUCCGGGCGAGAAGGGCGAGCCCGGCCGCCAAGGCCUGCCGGGCCCGCCCGGGGCGCCCGGCCUGAAUGCGGCCGGGGCCAUCAGUGCCGCCACCUAUAGCACGGUGCCCAAGAUCGCCUUCUACGCCGGCCUCAAGCGGCAGCACGAAGGCUACGAGGUGCUCAAGUUCGACGACGUGGUCACCAACCUCGGUAACCACUACGAUCCCACCACGGGCAAGUUCACCUGCUCUAUCCCGGGCAUCUACUUCUUCACCUACCACGUCCUGAUGCGCGGAGGGGACGGCACCAGCAUGUGGGCUGAUCUCUGCAAAAACAACCAGGUGCGAGCCAGCGCCAUUGCCCAAGACGCUGAUCAGAAUUACGACUAUGCCAGUAACAGUGUGGUUCUCCAUUUGGAGCCGGGAGAUGAAGUCUACAUCAAAUUAGAUGGCGGCAAAGCCCACGGAGGGAAUAACAACAAAUACAGCACAUUUUCUGGAUUUAUUAUUUACGCUGACUGAUCACGCAGAAACUAAGCUUAUUAUUCUGAGUUUGAACACUGGAUUCGUAUGGCUAACGUCCGUGAAUCAAGGAUCCCAGGGGAUGCCGGUUGCAGGGCACCUCAGUUGUGUAUAUGUGGGGAAUUCAAAUGCUACCUGACUCACAUCUGUAUACGCAGAAACAUUAUGUAAAAAAAAAAAAAAAAAAAUUAAAAGCAAGAUAAGCAGAUGUGUUAUCCACUACCGCCAAAGCAAAUACUCCUCCUUAUCGUUAGUGUCCAUGUGAAUGAAGUCCUAUAUAGAUCACAAAUUUUUAUAGAAAAAUCUAAGACACUGAAUUAUUUCUCCAAUAUAUCUGAACUUUGGUGUACUGUGAUCUUGCUGCUUUUAUCCAUAUGUCAGCUUUGGUUCUUGUGAGUUUACCUGCUUAUUAUGAUACCUGGAGUCCAUUCAUAGUGUGGGGAGAAUUAUAUUACCCUGCAGGAGAAGGUCUGAUUGAAACAAUGCUGCUUGUCCCCAAAGAAAUUGUUUGCCUUGUACUUUUGUUAACUUUAGAGCUAGUCCUGGGAAUGAUUCAACUUCAAGCCUUAACCUGGAAUUUUCUGGAUUUGAGGGAAUUCCCAAGCCUAUGAUUAUUUUCACAUUUUCUUUUUUCUUGUGAAUUUUCUUUUUUCUCUUUCCCAGUGAUAGUCUUUAAAAAUAGAGAUCGAAACUGUAUCAUAGAAUUACCCUCUAAGUGUGAAAAUGUGUAAUUAUGUAUGGUAUUUAGAAAAUCCCCUGUAUGUCCAUUUUGUCCAUAGGAUGCGUUUAGAUUUACUUAGAAAGUCAGAGAAAUUUAUUCUUUGGUGUUAAAUCAGACUGAGGCUUUUGCCUUCUUUGGAACAAAAGAUUAUUCAUAACCCAAUGCACAGUGGUUUAAUUUGAGCUACUGCACGGGUCACCAAGGGGACACUAAGUAAGGCCUUCAAAUAGUUACUACAAGUCACGGCCUGAGGUUAUUUCAAAAUGAGCAAUUUCACAUAUAACCAAUAAGACAACAAAGUGUAUAUAUUUUAUACAAAUACCUGCUACAUAUACAUGUAUUUGUGUGUACACACACACACACACACACACAUAUGUUAGAUCAAAUAUAAUAUAUACAUGGCUUCAGACCAUAGGCACAGUGGCUGUAUAGCCUCAAAAAUUUAAUUAAAAAAAAAGUAUGUGUAUAUAUACACACAAACACUCAUAAAUUAUUCGACUUUUUUUGAUCAAAAUAUAUUUUGGAUUACAAAGGCAUAUGGAAGAGUAAAAUAAUUUAAGUGGCUUCUCUUUUAAGAGUUACCCAGAAAAUUAAAUUUUAUUCGGUUAAAAUGCCCUAUACAUCACAUGUCUGUAAAUUAUGCCUAUGGCUUCUUUAUUACCAUUUGCCAAUCAAUAUUUCCACUGGAUUCUGUGGAAGACUGUUAAUAUUAGGACUGCAGAAACAAAGUGGCUCUCUUUUGCAAUGUUUAUGAAUCAUAUGCAUUUGAAUUAUCCAUUUUUUCCCUUUUUUCUCAGGUGGAUUAAAGCUGACGGUAAAGUAGAUGUUGAGAGUAGUGUAAAUCAUUUCUCUCUGGCUAAAAUACAUUGCCAAAAGCCAUCUCUUUAAUCUAAGAAAAAGAUUAAAAAUGCAUGUUGAUAGGUCCUAACUAUCAGACAACUUCCACUAUUACGAUGAAAAAUCUACACCCCUGUCAGCUGCCUUUGAAGACUCUUUGAGCAAGUUGAUUUGAAAAACAGGGAUUUAAAAAUCUGCUUGUUUUACUGGUGAAGGACAUUUGCAUUCUUUCAUUUAAAGGAAUUAGUUUGUUCUCCUGGCUUGUUCCUUGUGGGUACUUUCUGUUCUAAUACACAGAAAAAACUCGAUCAUCUCUGAUCCACAGAAAUAUCUCGUAUUUAGAAAACCUCAACUUUGCAUAAGAGUUACGUGUGGUGUUCCCAUCUGAAGGUGCUGUUGGCUUGGUUUAAAUGCCUUGGUCUGAGUAACUGUCAUGAUUUUUAUGAUUAAAAACACUUAGCCCAUUCA